UGCGGAAGUGAGUCAGUGUGGCGUUGCAGGUUAGCUCUGGUACAGUAACAGAACGGAAUAAACAUGUGUUAGUUAUUAUAUAUUCUCAAAACAACAUCGUAAAAGGUGCCGUGAAGUAUGGAGGCGGACGACGGAGCGCGUGUCCGGAAUGAAGAUGUUCCUCCGCAGAAUCAGGACCUCAGUUUCCUUCAACCGUCUGUCACUGCGUUCCUGUCAGAGUAUGGCUGGUAUCUGCUGUUCGGCUGUGUUGGAGUGUAUCUGCUCAUCCAGCAUCUCCGCAAGAGCAGAUCCUCCACACAAACACACAGCUCGUCUGGCUCAGCCGAGACUCACGAUGUGGGGUCAGUGGUAAGGCGUCAGGAGGCUCUGGAGGCGUCCCGCAGGAGAAUGCAGGAGGAGCAGGACACCAGAGCUGCUGAGUUCAGGGAGAAACAGCGCAUGCUGGAGGAGGAGAAGAGGAGACAGAAGAUCGAAAUGUGGGACAGCUUGCAGGAAGGAAAGAGUUACAAAGGAAGUGCUAAAGUUGCACAACAGAACACAGAAGAGGCGGCUUCAUCCAGCUCGCUGAGACCAAAGACCGAGAAGAAACCUCUGCGCAACAGCGGCUACAGUCCUCUGUCUGGAGACGCUGGAGGCUCGUGCUCCUGGAGGCCCGGGCGCAGAGGCCCAUCUGCUGGAGGAUGAGGAUAAACACCCGUCAGACUUGCCUCUGACGCUCCUACAGGAACACAAAUAUCUAAAUCUGAAUGAAGCUGUCAGCCUCAUCACUGCACAAUAACUCUCAUAAUACACACAAUACACACAUUUACAGUUCCUAAAUCAGAAUCAUCACUUUUAACUCGCCCUCAUGCAUUUACAAUCAUGCAUACUGUUACUUUUAGUCACACUUUACAAUAAGGUUUGACAUGAGCUAAUAAUGAACAAAAUUUAUUAAUAAUAGCCCAACAUUUACUAAUGCAUUAUUAAAAUCCUAAGUCAUGAUGGUUAACAUUAGUUAAUGUGCUAUGAUUUAACAUUAGUUAACAAUAAAUGGCCUCAUUUUCAUUAACUAACAUUAACAGAUGAAUAAAUACUGUGACAUAUUGUUCAUGUUAGUAAAUAUUAACUAAUGCAACCUUAUUGUGAAGUGUGUAAACCUAUUUAUUUACAUCAAUUAUACGUAUUAUCAUAUGAACACACUGUAGUGCACAGCUUAAAACAGACAAAUUCAAUUAAAUUAGGUUAAAUUAUACAUAUUAAAGCUUAAAACAGACAAAUUCAAUUAAAUUAGAGGUUAAAUUAUACAUAUUAAAGCUUAAAACAGACAAAUUCAAUUAAAUUAGAGGUUAAAUUAUACAUAUUAAAGCUUAAAACAGACAAAUUCAAUUAAAUUAGAGGUUAAAUUAUACAUAUUAAAGCUUAAAACAGACAAAUUCAAUUAAAUUAGAGGUUAAAUUAUACAUAUUAAAACUUAAAACAGACAAAUUCAAUUAAAUUAGGUUAAAUUUUACAUAUUAAAGCUUAAAACAGACAAAUUCAAUUAAAUUAAAGGCUAUAUUACACAUAUUAAAGCUUAAAACGGACAAUUAUAUACAUUAGGAUUCUUCUUUAUUGCAUUAUAACCACAUUUGAGCUCAAAAUGAAGUGAAAGUGAAUCGAUAUCCACAUUUGCUUUUCCUUUCUGGCCUGUAAAUGAUUUUUAAGCGAGUGUUUUUCUCUUUCUUUAUGAUUAUUAUGAUAGUUAUUAUGCUGGUGUAUGAUUGACAGCUUCAGAUGACGCCUCCUCAUCAAAGGUAUUAUUUACUCCCGAGGCGGCUGAUGAUUUUCAGUUAUGAAACGUGUUCCUCAUUUUUAUUUUGUUUUGAAGCUUUUGCACUUAAAUACUGUGCUAAAUACAAAUCUAGAGGGAUUUAAAGGGGUAGUUCACACAAAAAUGAAAAUUUCCCUGUUCAUUUACUCACCUACAGAUCAUGCAAGACAGUAGGUGACUUACUUUCUUCUUCAGUAGAACUUUACAGGAGCUUUAAGCUGAAUCUGACGUGACUUAUAUAAUGUCAGUGAAUGGUGACCGGUUUUUUAGAUUAAUAACACAUACAAAUGAGUCCAAAUCAGUAAUCAUGGCUCCUGAUGACACGCUGAGGUCUCGUGAAGCGAAAUGAUCGCUCUGUGUAAGAAAUUGAACAUGAUGUACAAUAUUACUAGAUGUAAUCCACAGCCUGCUCAAUCUAGUCCAAUUGUCUCUUUAAUUAGGAAUACACAAGAAAGCAUGCUUGGACGGAGGAAAUCAAAAGAGAAAUAUAUUCAUCUUCAAAAGUGACCAGAUUACAGUAAGACAGUCCUAGAGAUGCACUGAAUUAUGGGUCGAAAAUUGCAUUUUUGGUUGUUGUUAUUUUUCCGAAAGUGAUGAUAAUGCACAAUAAUGCACCAAAUAACAGGCCUUUUUAAACAUUCUCAGCAACUUUGGUAAAGUGACCCAUCUCGGCUCAUUCACUGUCAAUAAAAUUCUACCGUCAUUUAAUGAACUAUCAUAAUUAAUUAGCAUGAUUUAAGCUAGAGAUGCAUUUAAAAAGUCCUACCAGUUUACUUAACAUCAUUUAACAAAAUACUAAAUUAUUACAGCGAAUUUUUAUUUUUAUCAGUUUUUAUUUCAAGUGCAUCCAGAAUUGUAGGUUUCCUCUCAGAAUUUUCUUUCCCAUGCGUCCCUGCAAUCUUUUUAUUUUUAAUUUUUGUGAAUUGUGUCACACUGUAAAAAAAUAUCCAGUAAUGAACAGUUUGCGUAUUUUGGGAUUCACAGGUGUGUAUUUUUGUUUAUUUUCGUUUGUGAACUGCAUUAUGGGACCUUAAUCUCUGCUCUGUUGAAUUUUGAUAAUGAAAUUGUUUUUUAAAAGUUGAAAAAUGUAAGUUUUAUUGACAUUUUAGUGGUUUAAAAUGUGUAAGAAAUAAUAUGUAGACAAAUAAAAGCCUGUAAAAGAACUGAAAAUGUACUGUCAGUUUAUUACAAGGUUUUUGUAGCGUAAUAUACAACACCAACCCAGAUAAUAAAUCACUUAAACUAUUAAAAAUGUUCAACUUUUUCCAACUUUUCAGUGUUAAAAGUUGUUGGAAGAAAGAUCGAUUUUCCAUAAUGCAGUUCAAAAGCGUAAAUAACUGAGGAAAAAUAAAAACCUGCAUCACAAAAUACAGAAAACUGCUCAUUUAGGAAUAUUUUUUACAGUGCAAUUCAGUUUAAUAACAGUAAGAGCUCCAUAUACACACAUUUCCCAAAUAAAGUCACUUUCAGGCCAUUUAAACAGUUCUCGGCACAUAUGAGACUGUAGCCCGAUUGUAGUCCUGACACUUUAAAUGAGCAACCUAAAAUCUAGGUGAUGCAGUUUGUUGAUUAAAGUGGGUUUAAAGAGUGGGAUUAAAGCUAAUAAUAUUGUAAAUACUGUCAAAUUUUUUAAACAAACUGAUCAUUUCACUUCACAAGACCUUUAGUGUGUCAUCAGGAGUCAUGGUUAUUAAUCUGGACUCGUUUGUAUUAUUAUUUUUUUUUAUCUAAGAAAACGGUCACCAUUCACCUCCAUUAUAUAAAGCACCAAGGACCCCUGAUUCAGCUCAAAAUCUUCUUAGAUGACCUGAGAAUAAGUAAAAUAAUAAGGACAUUUCUUUUUUUUUGUGUGAGCUAUCCCUUGAAUACAAACGCAAAGUGCUAUAUUUCUAUCAUUUGUGGUGUUUGUAUUAUGUUGUGAAAGUAGGAGUUACUGAUGUGUCUUUAGUGUGACGCGGUCUCUGUUUUCUGAAGCUUUCCUUUAGAAAUGUUCUUGCUUUGAGAUUCUUCUGAUUAAAACACAUUAUUUGCCCAA